AUGGCACUUCUGAAUAUAUCCGAUCAUUAUCAUAUCUUCAAGGUGGAAAAUGAAGAGCUCAUUCGCUUUGGUCACCCGGAAGACAUUUGGUUCCACGUCGACAAGCUAUCAUCUGCCCACGUGUACAUUCGCCUGGCAGAGGGGCAGAAGCCUGCUGACGUUCCUGCCGCGCUCGUAGAAGACUGUGGACAACUUGUAAAAGCAAACAGUAUAAAGGGGUGUAAAUUGGCCGAAUGUGACGUGGUGUAUACCCCAUGGUCCAAUCUCUUAAAAACGGGGGACAUGGCGGUCGGGCAGGUCAGCUUUCACAACGAUAAGUUAGUAACACGAGUAAAG